AUGGCGCCUCAAACCUCCAUCCCCCUUGCCGCCAACAUCCUCGGCACAAUCGGGACAGUAUGCUGGUGCGUCCAACUCGUGCCACAGAUUGUUCGCAAUUAUCGCACUAAAAGCACAGUGGGGCUUCCUGAAUCUAUGAUGCUGCUCUGGUCCAUCAGCGGUGUGCCAUUUGGUGUCUACGCGAUUGUGCAGCAGUUCAAUAUUCCGCUUAUCGUACAGCCGCAGUGUUUCUGCGUGCUGUGUGGCGUGAGCUGGGUGCAGUGUUUGAUUUAUGGGAGAAAGUGGCGGACUUGGACUGCGACAUUGCUUCUUUUAGGUCUCCUAUGUCUCUUUGCGGGUAUAGAAGCUGGCCUUGUAUUCGCUAUACGGGGUCCAUAUUCGCGGGGUGGCGCACAAUGGGCUGUGUUGUUAGUCGGUAUCAUUGCUUUCCUUACCCUUAUCUCAGGAUAUAUUGCCAUUCCAUUCGAGUUGCUCAAGAGACGGGGGAGGGUUGUAGGUAUUGAUUUUGUAUUUUUGGGGAUAGAUUGGAACGGCGCUUUCUUCUCACUCAUGGCUCUGGUGGCGCAGAAUGAGUUUGACGUGCUCUUUGGGACGAUGUAUGCGCUUUGCUGUGUGAUCGAGAUGAGCAUGGUAGCUUCGCAUCUAGUGUGGUUACUGAGGACUCAUGGGAUGCGGAGACGUGCGAAGGAAGCUGGGGAAACAUUCGAUGAGUUUCAGGAGACUGCAGAGUGGCAGGCUAAGGGGAUCGAUAUUGAGAAGAAGCUUAUGCAGACUUUCUUUAAAAACAAUACGGAAGAAGAGAAAGAGCAGGCUGAUUCGAAUGGUGCAGAGACACUUGUGCAUUCGGAGGAGGCGACUCCGAAACCUGUCCCAAAUGUUGUUGUAUAG